GAAAAUAUUCUUGACACAAUUCAUAAUGCAAAUAUUAUAGCUGAUCAAAAUAAUUAUCAUAGCAAUUUUAACUCUGAAAUUUUUAAAAAUCUUUUUGAAAAACUUUGUGCAGGUAUUAAAGACCAAUAUGGAUCAGUAGAUAUCUAUAUAGAUAGAGCUCACUAUCAUAAACACUAG